CGUCACUUCUCUAUCGGUCAUGUGAUGAAGUUGUGUGAUGACGUCAUCUGACGGCUCCGGGAGGAAGAUGGCGGCCAAGGGGGGCGGCGGAGCCUCCCGGGGGUUUUAUUUUAACACCGUGCUGUCCCUGGCCCGCUCCCUGGCCGUGCAGAGGCCGGCGGCCCUGGAAAAGGUACAGAAGCUGCUAUGUAUGUGCCCUGUUGACUUUCAUGGGGUAUUUCAACUGGACGAGAGACGAAGAGAUGCCCUUAUUGCUUUAGGCAUUUUCUUGGUUGAAUCCGAUCUACAGCACAAAGACCACACGGUUCCCUAUCUUCUGAGGCUUUUAAAAGGUCUUCCAAAGGUUCUGUGGAUAGAAGAGAAUACCUCUCGGCAAGCUAAAGGUACACUUCCAGUUGCAGAGACCUUCAGCUUCUGUCUGGUUACUUUACUGUCUGAUGUAGCCCAUAGAGAUGUGGCAUUCAGAGGGCAGAUAUUGGAGACAAUCCUGGAUGUGACGCAAUGUCUUCUUGGAAUGUGCCAGUCUGUGCAGAUUCAGGACAAAGAAUACUUGUGUAAAUAUGCAGUGCCCUGUCUGAUUGGCAUCUCUCGGGCAUUUGGACGAUACAGCAACUCUGAAGAAUCUCUCCUGUCCAAGCUGUUUCCCAAGAUCUCUCCUCAGGCUUUAAAGGCUCCGGAGGAGCUAGAAGGGAUCCGCAGGCGCUCCUUCAAUGAUUUUCGAUCAAUUCUACCUAACUCACUGCUGACAGUUUGUCAGGGAGACUCACUGAAGAGAAAGACCAGCAGCGUAUCUAGCGGUUCACAGGUUAGCCCUGAUCGCAUUGUCCCCCUUCCUGGAUCUCCAGCAGGAUCCAGCAUCCCGUACUUUGAAGGUUCCUAUCUGCCAGAUGGCAGCUCAGUAGACCCGGAUUAUUACCUCACCACCAUCAGCUCUAGCUUCUCUGUGUCCCCUCUUUUCACUGGUGUAAACAACAAGGAUUUUGACAUUCCACAGGAAACCCUUCGCCACCUACUAAGCAUGGUGAAGCAGAUUGUGGCAGAUCCAAUGCUGAGCUCAUUAGAUUCCCUAAUAAAUGAAGUUACAGAGGGAAAUCCCAAUGCAGAUCUGUAUUAUAAAACAUUCAGUGAUCCACUGUAUGUGGCAAUGUUUAAGAUGCUCAGAGAUACACUGUACAACAUGAAAGACCUCCCAACCUCAUUUGUGAAGGAGAUCCAUGACUUUGUGCUUGAACAGUUCAACAGUAGCCAAUCAGAGCUGCAGAAGAUACUUCACGAUGUGGAAAAGUUACACAAUGAACUUAGUCCUUUGAAGCUUAGGUGUCAGGCAAAUGCAGCCUGUGUGGACCUCAUGGUGUGGGCAGCAAAGGAUGAACAAGGUGCAGAAAACCUGUGCAUCAAACUUUCUGAAAAACUGCAGUCCAAGACAUCCAGCAAAGUUAUCAUAGCUCACAUGCCUCUCUUGAUCUGCUGCUUACAGGUUGGUUUUGACAAUUCAAUUGACUUUCGGGUGUGUGAAUCUCAUUGUCUGAAGGUUUACAUGUGUUUUGUAUCUGUGACUCCAUCUCUUCGGGAUUUUCUGGUGAUACCAUCUCCAGUGCUGGUGAAGCUGUACAAAUAUCACAGCCAACAUCAGACAGGAGGCAAUGAUAUCAAGAUUAGCAUUACCAAUGAGCACUCAGAAUCCACAAUGAACAUAAUUCACGGCAAGAAGAGCCAACCAUCUAUGUAUGAACAGCUGCGGGACAUAGCUAUUGAGAACAUCUGCAGGUGUCUAAAGGCAGGGUUAACCAUUGAUCCGGUUAUUGUGGAAGCUUUCCUGGCUAGUUUAUCCAAUCGCCUUUACAUUUCCCAGGAGAAUGACAAGGAUGCCCAUCUGAUUCCAGAUCACACAAUCCGUGCAUUGGGGCACAUUGCGGUGGCCCUCAGGGAUACCCCAAAGGUGAUGGAGCCUAUUCUUCAGAUACUGCAGCAGAAGUUCUGCCAGCCGCCAUCACCACUAGAUGUGCUCAUCAUAGACCAGCUGGGGUGUAUGGUGAUAACUGGCAAUCAAUACAUUUACCAGGAAGUGUGGAACCUUUUCCAACAGAUAAGUGUGAAAGCCAGCUCAGUUGUCUAUUCCUCCACCAAGGAUUCCAAGGAUCAUGGAUAUAGACACUGUUCCUUGGCUGUAAUAAACGCGCUGGCAAACAUUGCGGCCAACAUCCAGGGAGAACAGCUGGUGGAUGAGCUUCUGAUGAACCUAUUGGAGCUGUUUGUACAGUUGGGGCUAGAGGGAAAACGGGCCAGUGAAAGAGCCAGUGAGAAAGGCCCAGCGCUGAAGGCAUCUAGCAGCGCAGGAAACCUUGGAGUCCUGAUUCCUGUAAUUGCUGUGCUAACUCGAAGAUUGCAACCCAUCAAAGAGGCCAAGCCACGUCUACAGAAGCUCUUCCGAGACUUCUGGUUAUAUUCCGUUCUUAUGGGCUUUGCUGUGGAGGGUUCAGGUCUGUGGCCUGAAGAAUGGUAUGAGGGAGUCUGUGAAAUCGCAACGAAAUCUCCUUUGCUGACCUUUCCCAGUAAGGAACCUUUGCGGUCUGUCCUGCAGUAUAACUCUGCAAUGAAGAAUGACACCGUAACACCUGCAGAGCUUAAUGAGCUAAGGAGCACUAUUAUUAAUCUGCUGGAUCCAGCCCCAGAAGUAUGUCAAAACAUCAACAAACUGGACUUUGCCAUGUCCACUUACCUGCUCUCUGUGUAUCGGCUGGAGCAUAUGAGGGUCUUGCACUCCACAGAUAAAGACCGUUUCCAGGUCAUGUUCUUUUACUUUGAGGAUAAAGCUAUUCAGAAAGACAAAUCAGGGAUGAUGCAGUGCAUUAUUGCUGUAGCUGAUAAAGUAUUUGAUGCCUUUCUAGCAGUGAUGGCUGAUAAGCCUAAAACAAAAGAGAAUGAGGAAGAAUUGGAACGGCACGCUCAAUUCCUGUUGGUCAAUUUCAAUCACAUUCAUAAGCGCAUCAGACGCGUGGCAGACAAAUAUUUAUCUGGACUGGUAGACAAAUUUCCUCACUUGCUGUGGAGCGGGAAAGUGCUGAAAACUAUGCUGGAUAUAUUGCAGACCUUGUCCCUCUCACUCAGUGCGGACAUUCACAAGGACCAACCAUAUUAUGACAUUCCAGAUGCUCCAUACAGGAUAACUGUUCCUGAUACAUAUGAAGCCAGAGAGAGCAUUGUAAAGGACUUUGCUGCUCGCUGCGGAAUGAUCCUUCAAGAAGCAAUGAAGUGGGCACCAUCAGUGACCAAGUCCCAUCUGCAGGAAUACUUGAACAAGCACCAGAACUGGAUGUCUGGCCUGUCUCAACACACAGGCCUUGCUAUGGCUACUGAGAGCAUAUUGCACUUUGCUGGCUACAACAGACAGAACACAACUUUAGGGCCAACUCAGCUAACAGAGCGCCCAGCCUGCGUGAAGAAGGAUUACUCCAAUUUUAUGGCGUCUCUUAACCUGCGCAACCGUUACGCUGGAGAGGUUGCUGGCAUGAUUGCGUUUUCUAAUGCUACUGGUCACACAUCUGACCUGAAUAAGCUUAUGAUGACGCACCUGAAUGAUGCUCUGAAAAUGCGGCAACCAGAGACAUAUUCACAGGUCAUGUUCAAGCUAACAGCCUUGCUCAUAAGCAGCAACGAAUGUGAUGCUCAGCUUUUACACCAUCUCUGUUGGGCUCCACUGCGCAUGUUUACUGACCAUGGGAUGGAGACAGCCAUUGCCUGCUGGGAAUGGCUUGUGGCAGCUAAGAAUGGGAUUGAAGUGCCGUUCAUGCGAGAGAUGGUUGGAGCUUGGCAAAUGACAGUAGAACAGAAGAUUGGGCUGUUCUCGCCCGAGCAAAAGGAAGCUGAUCCCCUGGCGGCUUCGGAGCAGAGCCAACCACAUCCGUGCUCACCAGAAGUGAAUCCGCACUAUAUAUGGAUUGAUUUCCUGAUGCAGAGGUUUGAAAUCGCUAAGUACUGCAGCUCAGACCAGAUUGAGAUAUUCUCUAGCCUUCUACAACGCUCCCUCUCUCUGAAUAUUGGAGGAUCAAAAGGCAGCAUUAACAGACACGUGGCAGCCAUCGGGCCUAGAUUCAAGCUGCUGACUCUGGGGUUAUCAAUGCUGCACGCAGAUGUGGUCCCAAAUGCCACCAUCCGUAAUGUUCUUAGAGAAAAAAUUUAUUCCACAGCGUUUGAUUACUUCAGCUGUGCGCCUAAAUGCCCAACACAAACAGAGAAGCAGCUGAGAGAAGAUAUUAGCAUCUUGAUCAAGUUUUGGACGGCCAUGUUCUCCGAUAAGAAGUACCUUACUGCAAACCAGUUGGUUCCUCCAGAUAAUCUGGAUCCUUCUGUACAUAGCUUGUCUGUGAUGGCGGAUGUCACUCGCAGCAAUCUGGAUGUGACGGUAGGAUCUCGACAGCAGACCACACAAGGCUGGAUUAACACAUACCCAUUAUCCAGCGGCAUGUCUACCAUCUCUAAAAAGUCAGGGCUGACAAAGAAAACAAACCGAGGGACACAACUCCACAAAUAUUACAUGAAAAGGAGGACUCUGCUCUUAUCUCUGUUGGCUACUGAGAUUGACCGUCUAACCACCUGGUACAACCCUCUCUCUUCUCCUGAAUUAGAGCUGGAUCAAACAGGAGAAAACAGUGUGGCAAACUGGAGAUCAAAGUACAUCAGCCUGAGUGAGAAGCAAUGGAAAGACAAUGUGAACUUAGCCUGGAGCAUUUCCCCUCACCUGGCAGUCCAGUUACCAGCAAGAUUUAAAAACACUGAAGCAAUUGGAGGAGAAGUGACUCGCCUUGUCAGACUGGAUCCAAGUGCCGUCAAUGACAUCCCAGAGGCUAUUAAAUAUUUGGUAACAUGGCAUACGAUCGAUGCCGAUGCCCCUGAGCUCAGCCAUAUCCUGUGCUGGGCACCAACUGAUCCACCUACCGGGCUAUCUUACUUCUCCAGCAUGUAUCCUCCACAUCCGCUAACUGCUCAGUAUGGAGUCAAAGUUCUGCGAUCAUUCCCGCCGGAUGCCAUCCUAUUUUACAUUCCACAAAUUGUUCAGGCUCUGCGGUAUGACAAGAUGGGUUAUGUCCGGGAAUACAUACUAUGGGCAGCUGCAAAGUCCCAGCUUCUUGCUCAUCAGUUUAUAUGGAACAUGAAGACCAACAUUUUUUUAGAUGAAGAAGCACAUCAGAAGGAUCCUGACAUUGGAGAUCUGCUGGAACAGCUUGUAGAGGAGAUUACUGGGUCCCUGUCUGGCCCUGCCAAAGAUUUCUACCAGCGCGAGUUUGAUUUCUUCAAUAAAAUAACAAAUGUCUCGGCAAUCAUUAAGCCCUUUCCUAAAGGAGAUGAGCGAAAGAAGGCUUGUCUGAGUGCACUGUCUGAAGUGAAAGUCCAGCCAGGAUGUUACCUGCCUAGUAAUCCAGAGGCGAUCGUCUUGGACAUUGACUACAAAUCUGGAACUCCCAUGCAGAGUGCUGCAAAAGCUCCAUAUCUGGCAAAGUUCAAGGUGAAGAGAUGUGGAGUAAGUGAGCUGGAGAAAGAAGGCCUUCGCUGCCGCUCUGACUCCAUUGAUGAAAGCGAAGAGGAAGGUGGUGAUAAAAAGAUUUGCUGGCAGGCGGCCAUAUUUAAAGUUGGCGAUGACUGCAGACAAGACAUGCUGGCUCUGCAGAUCAUAGAUUUAUUCAAGAACAUUUUCCAACUCGUUGGACUUGACCUCUUUGUCUUUCCAUAUAGAGUGGUGGCGACCGCUCCUGGGUGUGGGGUUAUCGAGUGCAUUCCAGACUGCACCUCAAGGGAUCAGCUGGGCCGUCAGACAGAUUUUGGCAUGUAUGAUUACUUCACUCGCCAGUACGGGGAUGAGUCUACCCUCGCAUUUCAGAAGGCCCGAUAUAAUUUCAUCAGGAGCAUGGCAGCCUACAGCCUCCUGCUCUUCCUGUUGCAAAUUAAAGACAGACACAAUGGCAACAUCAUGCUGGAUAAGAAGGGUCAUAUCAUUCAUAUCGAUUUUGGAUUUAUGUUUGAGAGCUCUCCAGGAGGAAAUCUUGGAUGGGAACCUGAUAUAAAGCUGACUGAUGAGAUGGUGAUGAUCAUGGGGGGCAAAAUGGAAGCUACACCUUUUAAGUGGUUUAUGGAGAUGUGUGUGCGUGGCUACCUGGCUGUACGGCCAUACAUGGAUGCGGUAGUAUCACUGGUCACCCUCAUGUUGGAUACAGGACUACCCUGCUUUCGUGGACAGACCAUCAAGUUGCUAAAGCACAGGUUCAGUGCCAACAUGACAGAGAGAGAAGCAGCUAAUUUCAUCCUGAAGAUUAUCCAGAACUGCUUCCUGAGCAACAGGAGCAAAACGUAUGAUAUGAUCCAGUACUACCAGAAUGACAUCCCGUACUAAGAUCUUAUUGAUCUAGUGCACCUUUGCCGUGUUCGUAGUCAACAGUAGUCUCCAGUGUCUCUGGUCACACCCUAAAUACACGGUAUCAGCAGAUAGUGUGAAGUGUAGAGACAGCGAGACCUGGGAGGUGAGAGUGUCCGAAUGCUUCACUUGUGACAAGCUGUCUAUUUCUGGCACUGGUUCUUUAAAUUCCUUCCAUGCAAUAUACAAUUGACAAUGAAAGAUUUGAAUUAAGUAGUUCUGCAUCGCAGACUGAAGUGCAAUAUAGUUUAUUGCUGGGUUUUUG